AUGACUGACAUAAUUAAUGUUUUAGAAAAACCAAUGAUGGAUGAAAGAAUUAUAAAAAAAGAUUAUCAUACAUAUACACCAUAUAUUCAAUCAUUUAAUAAUAAUGAUGAAAUUCGCAUUUCAAUACAAAAUCAAGAUUUAUAUGUUUUACCGAGUGAAAGCUUUUUGUAUAUUGAAGGUACUGUGUUAGAUGCUACAAGUGGUCUAAAAUCGAAAAACUUUAAAUUGAAAAAUAAUUUUGUACCCAAUUUAUUUGAGGAGAUUCGUUAUGAGCUUAAUGGCGUCGAAAUAGAUCGCACUCGACAUUUGGGUGUUUCUAGCACAAUUAAAAAUUAUCUAUCCCUAAAUGACAGCGAAAGUAUUAUGAUGGGGAAUGCAAGCUGGUCUUAUGACAAAGACAUCGAUGUUGGUGAAGGAUUUUUCAACUUUUAUGUCCCGCUUAAAUCAUUAUUAGGAUUUGCUGAGGAUUAUAAUAAAAUUAUGUUGAAUUGUAAACAUGAAUUAAUAUUAUUACGUACCAAAAAUGAUGAUAAUAUUGUAAAUUCUAAUCAAACUACUGAAAAACCAAAAAUUACAAUUCAAAAUAUUAGUUGGAGAAUUCCGCAUGUAAAACUUUCGGAUUAUGCUAAACUGAACACAAUAAAAAUUAUUAAUAGUGGAAAUGUGUUGCCAAUAGCAUUUCGUAGUUGGGAUUGCCACUAUCAUCCUCAACUAUCAGCAUCACAAAAUCAUAUUUGGAAUGUGAAACUAGCUGCAAACAGGGAACGUCCACGUUUUGUACUAAUUGCUUUUAAACAUAACAAUAAGCUUACCCAUUCAAAUCUUAACAAUAUUAAAGUACAUUUAAAUUCAGACUCAUAUCCCUAUGAUGACUUAAAUGUUAAAUUUGAUAAUCAACGUUUUGCCAUUCUAUAUGAUAUGUAUGUUAAAUUUCAACAAAAUUUUUAUAUGAGGGAGGCUCAACCACUCCUCUCAGCUGAAGAAUUUAAGGAAAAAGCACCUAUAAUCGUGAUUGAUGUUAGUCAUCAAAAUGAAGCAGUCACAACAGGCCCAAUUGAUAUAAAAGUUGAGUUUUCUACAGAUAAAAUAGUAGAGGCCAAUACAUCUGCAUACUGUUUACUCAUACAUGAUCGUUUAAUCGAAUACUCACCCCUUACAGCUUCAGUCAAAAAAAUUGUUUAA